UUUGCAGCAUGAGUUGGCUAUUUGACACUGUGAAGCUUAAUGUGGUGGACGAGGAGAUGCUGCAGAAGGCUGUGGAGGAACAAGGCCCUCAAGAGCAGGCUGGGCGCAUUGCUAAGGAAGAAGGCAUCCACUAUAGUGAAGUCUGCCAGUUGAGUCUGGACUACAGAAACAUCAGGAAGAUUGACCACCUCUGGCAGUUUACGGCCCUGACUAAACUACAGCUGGAAUGCAACAAGAUUAGCAAGAUUGAGGGACUAGAGACUCUCAUUAAUCUUACAAUUCUUAACCUGUCCUUUAACAAUAUUGAGCUGAUUGAGGGGUUAGACACUCUGGUGAACCUGGAGGACCUGAGUCUGUUCAACAAUCGCAUCUCUGUCAUUCACAACAUGGACACACUUCUAAACCUGAAACUUCUCUCUCUUGGAAACAACUGCUUGGCCCAGCUAGAAAAUGUGAUCUACCUCAGAAAGUUCAAGAAUCUCUGCUCCCUCGAUCUAGCUGGGAACUUAAUCUGCGAAGCAGAGAACUACAAGAUCUUUGUGACUGCAUAUCUCUCAGAUUUGGUGUACCUGGACUACAGGUUACUGGACAAGCAGACGCGAGAACAGGCUUAUGGAAAAUACCAGAAUUCUAUUGAGGAGAUGAAACACAAUGAGACUCAGGAGCAGAAGGCUUUGGAGGCUAAGCAAGGCCUUGAGGAGGAGCUGCAGCUACACAGGGAUGCUUUUGUGGAGUUCCUGAAUGGGCCAUAUCUGUUUGACAGUAUGUAUGCAGAUGACCCAGAAGCAAGCAAACUGGCCUACCUUCCUGGAGUAGAUGUCCUAUUAGAAACAUACAAAAGCCAGUUGGUGGUGCUGUGUGAGCAGGUGUUUGAGAUUGGCUUGGCUCAGCAGGGCCGCAGGAAGAGCGAGGUCAAAUCCUUCUUUGGCUGCUCCAAAGAUGCUGUGUCUGACAACCAGCAGAGAGCAGCACAGGUCGCCGCUGACUUCGAGAUGACCAGGCGACAGUGGAUGGGAGAAAUGCAGCAGGCUACAGACAUGCACCUCCUGGAGGCCCAAGUGAUGCACUGCAGUGAGGCGAUCAGCUUGCUGUGCGACAGCCUCAUGACCCUGGAGCUGCAGCUGGUGGACCAGCUGGAGGAUAUAAUCAAAGACUUUGAGAGGAACAUCACAGACAUGGUUGCCGGGUUCGUCGAGAUUGUUCAAGGAAUUUUUGCCCAAUGUCGAGACCUGGAGAACCACCACCACGAGAAGCUUUUGGAGAUUGCCGUGGCAACUCUGGAGCGGGUGGCAAAGAAUGAGCUGGAGGAAGACCUGCCUUAUGACGUGAGAAUGCUGUUUGUAGACAAGGACACAGUGAUCAACGCAGUCAGUGCCUCUCACGACACACAUCUUCUCAAGAUCGACAACCGGGAGGAUGAGCUAGUGACCCGCAUUAACAACUGGAUGGGAUCUCUCAUGAAAUCGAUCCAAGAUGCGGAGGUAAAGAGGAAUCGGAAGCGUAUCUCAGAGAUCCACAAUUACGUAGACUAUGUGAGAAAUCAACUGGAUGAGAUGCAGCAACAACACGAACACCCCUGA